CGUCAGGCCGAAACGGAGGGCGGGACGAGGGCGGUGGCGUGCGCUCCGGUACCUCGGAUGCCUUCUCGUCGUCCGCCUAGGCUGCGUUCCCCUUAGCGUCCACCUCCGCGUCGUCCUCCUCAUCAGGGUCUUCCUCCUCCUCCUCAGGGUCCUCUCCUCGGCGUCCCCCUACUCGGCGUCCUCUCCCCGCCCUCCCCCUCGACUUCCCUCGGCCGCCCGCAGCCGCCAUGGGCCCGCGCCCGCCGCGCCGCCGGGCCGAGGACAGCUGAGGCGCGUCGCGAAGAUGGGCGAGGGCGGAGCAGGGCCCGAGCGCCAGCCCGAGCAGUCCGGGCGCCCCGCGCGCGCCCGCCCGCGCCGCCGCGGGGAUGCCCGCGCCCGCCGCCGCGCCCUGAGCGCCUUUGUCUGCCGCCCGCGCCGCCCGCCGCACCACUGGCCUCGCGGGCCCGCGCCGCGGCUGGGGGCGCGCCCAUGAAGAUGGACCCGAGCUGGCCGGCCUCCCCAGCGGGCGGCCCGGGCCCCUACCCAGAGCCCGGUGGGCCCGGAGCGCCCGCCGCCCCCGCCCCGCUCCCUGGGCUCGGCCCGCAGGACCUCGCGGCCGGCGCGGAUGCUGGGCGAGCUCCAGGGCGGGAGCGGCGGCCGCAGCGCUCGAGCCGGGACUCCGACCCCGACCCGCCGCUGCCGGAACUCGGCCCGUUCUUUUCCUGGACGACGGAGCCGGAGGGUGACGGCCCCCCGCACAGCGCGUCUGUCCGCGCGCAGGACUUCAGCCGCAGCCAUCACCUGAGGGGCGAGGUCGACUUCUUUCCUUCCUUCGCGUCCCCCGCGGUGGGCGAGCCGGCCCUGGAGCUGGGUCCCGGGGACCCGGACCGGCCCUCGGACUUUAGCCAGACCCGCCCCCUAACGAGCGAGCCCGCGGGGUGUCCGGAGGACGGCCCCCGCCUCCGAGCCGUAUUCGAUGCCCUGGACGGGGAUGGGGACGGCUUCGUCCGCAUCGAAGACUUCGUCCAGUUCGCCACCGUCUAUGGGGCAGAACAGGUAUUUGCAAACACACAUGGAUGAAGGAAGGAAGACCCGGACAGGAUGGGGGUCUGUCAGCAAGGACAAGCGGGGAGUGGUGUGGGCGACCACCCGUGGCCGAUGGCGUCCAGCUGGAGUCACCAGUGAAGCCUCCGGAAAACAUGAAUGUUGAGGCCCCUGGAGGAUGGAGAACGCAGAGGGGGCUGAGGAAGGGGGUGUGAGGGCCAAAGGCUGGGGGCCCUGGCAAGAUACUCACCUGCUCCAGGCCUCUGUCCAAGUUCCAAGUGAGGGUCCUGGCAGUGCCUGUUUCACAGGUGCUUGUGAGCAGUGAAUAGGGCAGGUGUGGUGCUGACACGGGGUGGGGGGGUACUCUGAGUGAUUGAGGGCUCACUGUGUGUAGAGCUGUGUUCUCUAGAUUUUAAUUCCUUUUGGGACACCCUAGAGGAACUUUAAAAAGCUGCAUGUAUAUUUAUGGCUUGUGGCUCAAGGGCCCUGGGGCGGUGUGUGCAGGAAGCUAGUGCUGGCCUUUUAGGGGGAGUUGCCAAAAGAAAUCAGGAACACAUUUCCUGCCUUCUAGGAAUUAAUGGUUUGGGGGCUGUUUGAAAUUGGGUAGGAAGAGUAAAUACUUUUCUUUUAAAGGGAGGCUCUGUUUCUUGUCUGUGGUUUCUGUGUGUUUGUUUUUGCCAUGUCUCAUUAUUUGGGACCCUUCAACAGAUCAGACCCUAUUUUUUCCUUUGGUUGAUUUUUAAUUAAUUUCUAUUUUGUGAAAAACAUGUAUUCUGCCUCCUAAGAAUCUCCUGUUUCCAAUUCUGUAUGUAUGAGUAGCAUAUUCAGUGUUACCCUUUUGACUUCCUAAGUAUAGUCAUGCUCCAAAACCAUGUUACAUUUACCUGGUUACGUGUUAAGUGUUAUUAUGUUGUAUUAUUAAUGUUACAUGUGGUGAGCUUGUAAAUAGUUUCAAAAAUUGAGAACUGCUUAAAAAGUUUCUGGACCUUACCUUGCUGUGUUCCUUUUCUUUGUAUUGAAAACUUACGAAGUGGCUCAAAAGACUUGGGAUACCAUAUUGGGGAUGAAACUGGUUUCUGUGGAAGCCAGAAGUGCAGGGAGAGGUAGACCAGGCGGCUCCUUUCUCCGCCUCCUUCCCCUCUCCCCUGAGGACAGGUGAUGGUGGGCGCUCCGUGGCCUGUCUGGCACUCUAACUUCCUGAAGGACGCCCUCUUGCUGGAAGAGAGCCCCUUGCUUUGCCCCAGCGUCCCGCCUCUGGUUUCUCAGAAAGUUGGAUAUGCAUCUUCCUCACAAAGCUGCUCAAGAGACACGGUGAGACCCUUCUAUCCCUUAAGGAAAGACAGACUCACUUCUAAAGAUGCUGUGUGCUGAGUCUGGGCGGCACAGCUGGGGAGGCGAGCUCUGUCCAUGCCCUCCCACCUUCUUCCUCAUCCAGCCUCUUGAGACCUGAGAAGAUCAGCUUGGGUCCGUGUUCCUUCAGCCUUUCAUGUUCCUGAUGACUGAAGUCAUAUUUGUCCAUUACUGAAGAAACAAAUGUUCCAGAAGUGUACAUCCUAGGACAUGAAAUCUCCUCCAGUUGCUGUUGACAGUGGAGCGUGUCCUGUCUCCACAUGCACCCCCUCCCUGAGAAAAUGCUGCUUGUUUAUUUAAAGACCCACAGAUAGACAAGUCACAAAAAUUAAAUAUGGAUUUGAAAUUUCCUGUAAUGGUAAUAAAAUAAUCCCUUAUGUCUGAUACUCCGUAGUUUCCACUACAAAGAGAUUUUGUACACAGACUCUCCUGUGAGCUGGGAUGUGCCCAGUUGGUGGCGCCAUGCAUGGGCUGGAGCACUUCGCCCUGCCCUGCUCUCUUCUGUCCUGAGCCAUACACACUGGCCCCGGGCCCUCUUCCUGUGAUGUAAUAACACAGUCUGCCUUUUGAUUGUGUGUUUAAGGAAGGAGGAAUCCAGGUUCAGAUUCACAACCUAUGAAAUAGGAGGGUCCC